GCUUAAAUCUCUCGCCAUCCAACUCAGCUCUUUUCUCUCCCUAUCCCUCCCUUCUUCCUCGAACUUCCAUCAAGCAAUUUUCUCCAUUUCACUUGAAAUUCCCUCCUCCCAACUCCUUUUCUCCGAAUCCACUAAUACCAACUAACCUCGCCAAAACCUCAACCUCAACCUCAAAGCCUCUCUUUGCCUGAACCACAACCACAACCACAACUUCACUCUCCGAUCUCCUUCACCAUAUCCUUCACCAUAGUCCCCUACUAUUCUUCCCCACUUUCCAUUUCUAUGUAACCCCUCCACUAUUCCCUCUUUUCUCUCCCAAUCCUUAGUUCCUCGCAACACAAGCCCCCUUUACUAUUCUCCUAUUUCCCUUAAUCUUCUUAGUUCCUCUCAACAUCCCUCGAUCUGUCUUCCCUCUUCCUUUCCUCAGUUCUACACAAUCCUUUGACCAUCAGCAAAAAAAUAGAUCAUGAAUUGAACGAGUGAUAAUGAUGAAGUCAUUGAUGAAUUGAAUUAGUGAAUUAAAUGAUGUUGCUAUUGAGAAUUGAUCUUUCAGAAUUCAAAACUAAUCCAUUCAAUAGAGAAGAUUUUGGAAUAAAUAGAUGUUAAAGUUGAUUAUUGCGAUAAUAAUCGACUAGAAAAAAAAGACGAAGAAAGGGGGUCUGUGUGGUCAGAUGGCGAAAGGGGAUAUGAUGGACACAAGAACGAAGGAAAAGGAAUAAGAACGAAAACUUUAUAAAUCUGCUCAUGGAUGAAUAUCCCGGUAGAAGAUCAUCGUCUGGGCUUGCGAUAUCCAGAAGAGGAUCUAGCCUAGUUUUAAGAGACUCACCUGAGAACAAUCGGGAUCGUAAUGUUCAUGUUUGUAGUCGAGUUGGAUGCAGCAGCAAAAUGAACUCGAUGAAGGAUUCCCCUGUUAGUUCUCCUAUCAAAGCCAAAAACUCGAAAACUCCUUUCCGUUCCGCUACACAAAGAAAGGAGAUUACUGGAAGUUCAUCGAAAACUGUUGCUUCUCCAAACAAUGCAAGAAAAGCAUUGUUAAACCCGAAAAAGAAAUCGCCUUCUCAUUGUGACACGGAUUCAGAAACAUCCACUCUUGUAGAUGAAACCGAGGAGCAAGGAAAGACUCGGAUGAAGGUUCAUCCUGAGCCAGAAUUUCGUGAUUAUUCCGUUGAAGCUAUGUCUGUAGCCGGGUGUUCUAAUUCGGGACCCACUACCCGAUUUGGGAAAAGAAGCACACAGAGGUUUGCAUUGGGGCAACAAGAUUCGGGACCCACUAACCAGGGUCCAAGAAAUGGCAGUGCCGGUACAAGUAGGUGUAAUCUAAGGAGUUUGAAGUGUAACUCGAUCUCUGAUAUUAUCCCAUCGGGUUCUUCUGUGUCGUCUCCUGUAUCGAAUCUGAGCAGGAAGAGGGACACUAGUGGGCAGAAGAAAAUUCGUGAAGCUGACGGUAGUUUAUCUGUGAAAGGUAAGAAGGUAAACGGGACUAUCCAGGAUGGUAGGAGGAUCGACUAUACAAAUCGUGGUGUUUCAAUCUCGGAUUCAAGGCGUGCGCGAAGCUCGAAUCCUGGGGCUCGAAGGUUAUCUGCUAGAACACUGGUUUCAAAUCAGGAAAGCGAGAACAGCUUUCCACUGGUCGAGUCACCUAUUAUGAACUCGUCUUCACCUCAACCCGACAUAGCGACUGAUGAAACUGAUUCCGGUUUCGAGAAUCAAUUCUCUGGCCAAAUUUUGAAUUCUCAGAGUUCUUUUAGUAGACCCGGCAGUGGAACUGAACGUGUUCGGUCUAAUCGGUCUAUUGGUCCCUAUGAUGUUGGAUUUGCUCGUUCUUUUAUGAACCGUGAUUCCUUGAGACAUUACAACUUAGAUGGGAUUGCGGAGAUGUUAUUGGCAUUGGAGAGAAUCGAACAAGAAGAAGAGCCAACUUACGAGCAAUUGCUUGUUCUCGAAACUAAUGUUUUCCUCGGAGGACUUGGCUUCAAUGACCAACACAGGGACAUGAGGCUGGAUAUUGAUGAUAUGUCAUAUGAAGAACUAUUAGCUUUAGAAGAGAGGAUGGGAACUGUAAGUACAGCAGUGCCAGAAGAGGUUUUGACCAAGUGCCUGAAAAGGAGCAUCUACCAUUGUAUUGCAGAUUGUAUAGAGAAUGGUGAUGAAGUCAAAUGCAGUAUAUGCCAGGAAGAAUAUGAAGACGGGCAAGAAGUUGGAAGACUUGUUUGUGAACACAAGUACCACACCGAAUGUAUAAAUCAAUGGUUGAGGCUCAAGAACUGGUGCCCGAUUUGCAAGGCUUCGGUAGCGCCUUCACCCUCGGAAUCUCUAGCUCCGUAAACUCCGUUAUCGUCAUCAUCUUUCCUUCUGUUAUGUUCUUUUUAUAUUGGGGGUUGUACAGAUCAAAGUCAGGGUCUGUUUUAGCUGUGUAUCAGGAAUUUGAUGCUAUCUUUUAGUCUUUAAACUACACUAUUUUGUACAUAAUGAUGUUUCUUGAUGUAUCAUUCAACUAAUAAUCCCUGGACCUUUGACAGAAGGCUCCUAUUUACACUUUUAUUGUUUUGAAAUACAGUUUAUCAGUUAAUAUGCUCCCUGCAAAACUUAUUGUUUCAUUUGGUAAA